AUGUUCGAUACACAAUGCGAGCACAACCUGGUCAGCACCAAGUUUCUCGAGGAAAUUGGCUUCAAGUGGCAGCCGUCUACAGUCGAUACCCAAAUCACCCAGAUGGACAAUGCUAACAUCGAAUGUCUGGGUGAGGUCCAUGGAAGAUGGUACCCGGUCGGUGCGCCAAAGCGUCCAUGGUACCUGGCUGUCGUCCCAAAGCGCCUACAAAAGGGCUUGAACUUUCGACCACGCUACGAAUCCUCCACCUUCAAGAUUGUUGAUUUGGACACAUUCGAUCUCAUCAUUGGGCGCGACACCAUCAACGAGCUUGGGCUGUUGCAGAUAAAUCGCAACUUCUUUGGUGGAUUCCGUCCAAGCCCUAUUCGCGUUGACUCAGAUGAUACGACGACCAAGAAGCAGCAGGAAGCAGAUGAGCGCAGAAAGAAAGAUCUAGAGGCUAUGCGGAAGCGUGACGAGGAGAAGGCACUGGAGACCAAAGCCAAUUAG